ACAACUCGCUCGGUCCGUCUCCCCCCCCAGCCACCCACCCACGAUCGGCUCGCAGCUCCACCGGCUGCUCGCGAGAGAGUCGGAGAGAGACGCACACGCGCGCACGCACGCACGCGCACACGGGGGGUGCUGAGCUGAGCUCACUUCGCUUUGUCACAGUCUUGAGCGGGUUUGCUUACUUGGCUGGCCGGCCGGAGUCGCCGGUCACUCACCGGCUGAGUGGCUCGCUCGCUCGUUCGCCGUCUUAGCGGUGGAGCGGCUCACUCGCUGGCUGGCUGACUCACCGGCUGGUUGGAGAACCUGGCAGCGGGAAAGGGGCGAGCGCCGAAGGAGGCCCACUGCGGGUCAUGGCUCUGGUGGCCUCUGGACUGCCUUCCAUCUCGAGUUUCGCGCUCUCGUGCGGACUACUGGACAGCAACUGCGCGGACAUUAUGAACACUUGGAGGGUGACUCCUCAACCCCGGAGGGACGACGAGGACCUGGGCAAGCUUCUGGACAUCGACUUCAUCCUCUCCAACAGCAUGCAGCACGCCGACUGCUCGAGCCCCACGCCCACCGCCUACGUCGCGGGGUCACCGCCGCCCCGCGCCGCCGGCUUCUGCGCCGCCACCGGAACCUCCUCGAGUGACGCUCUCGGGUGCGCACCGAAGCACAGCGCCGCAGGCGGUGCGUCGAUCGCCUCCUCCGCCUCCUCCACGUCCUCCAUCGCCGCCGCGUCCUCCUCCGCCAAUUACACGCUGCCGGAGACGCCUGAGAGUUGUACCAACGGUGGUGCCGGUGGUGGUGGUGGUGGUGCCGGUGGUGGUGGUGGUGGUGGAGCCACAGGAUUUGAGAGUCGGGACUCGGUGUACGUGGCUGCGUGCGGGGUGGACGCGUUCCAAGCCAAGCCUUGCCCCAGCCUGGUGGAAGAGUUGCUCACCCCAGACCUCGACUUCUCUGGCAGUGGUUUUCUGGGCCACGGGGACGGCGCUCACUUCUCUCCCGACAAGACGCACGACUUGCAGCAGCAGCAACAGCAGCAGCAAGGGCAGCAGUUGCAUCAGCAGCAUCAAGGGCAGCAGUUGCAUCAGCAGCAUCAUCAUCAUCAGCAGCAGCAGCAGCAGCAGCCGUCUGCUGCGAAGGGAGGACACAUUUACGCGGGGCCACACAUCGACCCGCAUCUCUCCCAUCAUCAUCAUCAGCAGCUCCAGCAUCAGCAGCAUCAGCAACAUCAUCAGCAUCAUCAUCAGCAGCAGAGUCAAAGGCUCAUCCCUCUCACUCACAUUCAGCAGCUGGGGCAGAACAUUAAGCGGGAGCACAACCCAGCUGGGCCUGGAGGUGCCGACUCGCACGCGUGCUUCAUGGCUGACGAGUCGGCCGAGCCUAGUAAGGUUCACCAUCGGCUGCAUCAGCAGCAGCAGCAGCAACAUCAGCAGCAGCCCUCUAAGGGCGGACACAUUUACCCAUUGUCUCUUUCGGAGGAGCAUCAUUCUCACCUACAGCACCACGGACAGCAACAACAGCAGCAACAUCAGCAGCAGCAGCACUUCCCGAUGCACCACCGCUUCCCAGGGGCAUUUGGACGCUUAUACAGUCACCAGCAGCAAGCGCAGCAUCAUCAUCAGCAGCAGCAACUUCAGCAGCAGCAGCAGCAUCAUCCGCAGCAGCAGCAACAACAAGGGAUGCACUUCCAAGGGCAAUUUAACAUCUUGUACCAUCACGGACAUCAUCAUCAGCAACAUCAUCAUCAGCAGCAUCAUCAUCAUCAGCAGCAGCACCACCACCACCAGACGCUGGUCACGCCGCCCUCCUCCCCGUCCGUGCUGGACGCCGUGGCGAUGUUCGUCCCCGCGGGGGGGGCUCCGUGUUGCCCCCCCGCGCAGGCUGCCCCGCUGCCCCCCCAGGCGGAGGGUAAAGUGGGGCCUGGCAAGAGGGGGCGCAGGUCGUGGGGCGCCCGGAAGCGCACGGCGACUCACACGUGCGAGUACCCCGGAUGCGGGAAGACCUACACCAAGAGCUCGCACCUCAAGGCUCACCUGAGGACGCACACAGGAGAGAAGCCCUACCAGUGCAACUGGGAGGGCUGCGGCUGGAAGUUCGCGCGCUCCGAUGAACUCACGCGGCACUUCCGCAAACACACGGGCCACCGGCCCUUCCAGUGCCACCUGUGCGAGAGGGCCUUCUCGCGCUCCGACCACCUGGCCCUCCACAUGAAGAGGCACAUGUGAGGCCCGGGCCUCCUCGUCCUCCUCCUCAUCGUCAUCAUCAGCAUCCUCCGCAUCUUUCCCUGUCACCCCCCCCCCCCUCCCCCCCACCCCUUCACUUCAAGUCGUCCGACUCAUUCCAAACUUCCUCCUCGACUCUCCCAAGGCAUUCACCUCCACCACCCGUGUCCCUCCCCACUCUCGCCCUCCUCCUCUCCCACCACCCACCUCUUCCCUUCAACCUCGACCACGCUACCUCCAGAAAUUCUUACCUGGUCACCGGCCUCUCCACCCAUCCCUCGCCUCCUGCCCACCCUCUCCCAGCUUCGCCUCUCCACCCCGACGCCGUCCGAACCACUCCUAUACCGCCUGGGGUCUGCGACCUCUGGUGGCAGAAGUCCCGGAGGUCCAUCCUCUGGUCGCAGGAGGAGGUGGAGGAUUGAGGAAGGAGGUGGUGAUGUAGCAGGAGGAGGAGGGUGAAAGUGUGUGGAGUAACACUCAACCUUCAAGUUCACCUCUUUACAAACGCUCUCCCCUUGACUCUGCCAAGAAGGGUGGACACGAAUCCAGUAUAAGACACGCACUCACACACGUCAUUACACAACGUCACACCGAAGAUGUUUGGACAGUGGAAGAGUAGGCCAAAUACCCUUUACACCCCGUGGCUGCCUAGAGCUCCCGCUCAUGGCGUGAGCCAGCACUUGCAGGGGCUGCGCCUCGACAGUUCUUUGUAAUUUGUUUUUUGUUGUUGUACACGCAUCAAUAUAUGAAGAUUUAUCGACUGUAUCUAUACAAAGAUUUAUAGACUGUAUCUAUACGAAGACUGCGGGCUGUACGGGACUGCCCGUGAUGGGAGCGGACCCGAUGGAGAAGGGGUUUACAUUUUCUCUCGUCGGCUUUCGAUGGAGAGACCCCCGUGGAGAAACCCCCAAAGUCGCACUACAAAAAACUCACCGGGUUCAAAGCCAACGACCCAAGUUUACAGAACAAAAAACCCGGGAGUGCUGUUAUAACACAAAUGUACAUAACAUUUUAAGAGUCGUGAUGAUGACGCAUCGUCUGUAUAUAUUUAUAUAAACAGCAUUAUAUCGAUUAUUAUCACUCGUAUUUUGUAUUAUCGCUGUGUGCCUAUUGUAAGAGUGAGGAAGGCGGGGGGCCCUGGUAGUCGCGGGUGUUGGCCAGUUGACUUGGGCGAUAUUGCUGCCAGGAGAGGAGCGCUGAUCCGGGGCUGUGCUCCGGAAAAGUGCCAAGCCCCAACCCCCUCCCCUCCUCUCUCCCUGCUGUCGUUGUUGGGAGGGGGGGAGGUGCUCUGUAAGCUGUUCCAUGAGACGUGAAGCCCUUGGAUGAGAGAGGCGUCAUCUAAAGCACAAGAAGGGAGCGAGCGAGCGAUGGCGAGAUAUGGGCGGUGGUUGUUGGUGGCGGUGGGGGGGGCAUCGACACGUGACCUCUUGACCUCUGACUUACCGCGAAGUCUGAGUCAAGAACGAUCAGAAUUAAAAUCUUUUGUUUACGUGACCCGUAACGUAACCGCGUAAAAAAACCGGUUAAUGCCGGUUUGUCACACACAUACAGAAACGUCUGCCAGUCAUAAGCAUCACCCGUCUACCUCUUGACCUGAGCACUGGACUCGCGAUCUGGAGGUUUGCCGGUUUGAUGCCCUCUCCCGGCCCGGCAGCUGAAUCCGCGGUGCCUCUACCCGCCCAGCAGUCAGGACACGGGGUUCGCCGCGACUGUGGGGCGACCAACGUGGCGUGUGGUGGGUUCGAGUUUGGGAACACCCACAUCUCGUUACUCGAGAGAGAGAGAGAAACGAAUAUCGGAUUGUCAAACCGGUUACCCGUAACCGUUCGGCCAACCCCAUUACGAUUCCAUCGUCACGAUUCGUGCGUGGGUGGCUGGUCUCUCGUGGCCGCAGAGCGGUCGCGUUCAAACCCAUUCCACAAAUGUGUAAGUCCGUUUCGCGUUUGUUUGUUUGUUGGUUUUUUGGCACUCGGCUUUCGCUUCCUCAACCCCCAAAUGUCGCGUUGCCUCCAGCGAACCGGCACUGACCGGCGUGGUGAAGUAUGGUCAAGCCACCCCCCCCCCCACCUCGUUCCACAGCAGGGCGCGGGCGUUCACCCAGCAUUGGACUGACAUUGAGGCCGCUGUGCGGGAGGAACGUGCGCAACGGAGGAGAGGGAGAGAACACAUUUUUUGAUAUUUCAAUAAUCGGAGAAGUCUUCGCCAGGACUGUCUCAAUGGAUCGACUACCGUGCCAUUAUUACUGCUGCCGAUGAUGAUGAUGACAAUGAUGCUGCUGCUGAUGAUGAUCAUCAUCAGCAUCAUCAGCUCCUCGCGAUGCUGUAUUCAAGCCGGGAGUCGUUAUGACUUCGGCAACGACACUAGAGAGCCAGCUGCUGCCUUUGCCGUUGCGUGAACGUGCACGGCGAUCAAUUUAUAGAUACCCCGCUCAGUUUAACAAACGGAGCGCGCGGCACCGAAUCUCACGCGCGCGCCGUCCCGCGUCCGCCGGCACGCGUACCCAGAGGCCUUCAUCCAGCGGUGGAGUGACCACGGCUGAUGGCAACAACGUGUUUUGACCGCCGGUAAUCUCAACACGCUCGCGAACUCUUGUGAACUCCCUCUGCUUGGCGAGACGCGGGAGACAUCCGCUGUCACGAUGUCAACGCGGCCGUUGAGAAGGAGGUCUUUGGGAGGGACGUUCGAAAUUCGGUGGGGGUGUCUGUAAGUGGAUCGCCCGUUGCCAGCAGCAUAUAGAUAACGAGCAAAACAAUACACCGUAGUCCAUUUACAGAUACCCCACCGUUGGCGAAUACAUUCCGAAUCGAAGCGUUCCGGACCCGUCUCUCCCCGCCCCCCAUCUCAAUCAGUUCACGCAUCUCAUAUAUGUUUAAUAGACAUCGGUAGGGUAUCUAUAAACGGAUCGCCCUAUAUAUGUUUUUUUUGUAAAGGGGCAAUUAUGAUCGCUAUGAUGGUGGUGAUUGCUAUGAUUGUGAUGUUGUUAUUGUUGUUGUUACACGCUAUGGGCCGGUCCCAGCAAACACUGUGUAUGGACACUGAUAGUUUACACUUGACACGUUACGACAUGUGGCCUUGCUAUUAUUAUUAUUACUAUCUUUGAUAUACCUGGAUAUGAACAUUAAACAUCCUGCUUAAC